UAACAUGGAGCCGUGGGUCGAUUCCACCAACAUGGUCGGUGAUUGCGUUGCAAUGCCAAUAUAUACCAUGUCAGACUUUUGGAUUCGCCACGUGGGUUAGGCGAAGCUAUAUGUAUCUUGUACCCAAGCAGCAGUUGCUGUCGCUUCUUUCGCCCCCAACCUUCCCCGUCCAGACCGUCCGCAGUCUCACUCAGGAAGCCCGUGGUCGAGAUGCAUCUGGCCACGCACCUCGUCGGUCUCCUCGCCGUCUUCUCGGCCGCGGAAGCCUACAAGCCCGUCAAGCCGUGUCCGGCGCCCACCAAGGACACGGAUCGGCUCGCCGCCUUGGCCCUAGACAACCUGAGCCGCUACCAGAAGUCAAUAAAUCCCAAGGGCACAUGCACGGUAGCCAAGGCUGCACGGCGCAAGGAAUGGGGCUCGCUGAGCAAGGCCGAGCGCAAGGACUACAUCCGGGCGGUCAAGUGCCUGAUGCAGAAGCCGUCCAAGUACGAUCCGGCGGCGGCUCCGGGGGCCAAGACGCGGUACGACGACUUCGUGGCCGUGCACAUCAACCAGACGCUGUCGAUCCACGGCACGGCCAACUUCCUGUCGUGGCACCGCUGGUUCGUGCACACGUUUGAGCAGGCGCUGCGCAACGAGUGCGGCUACAAGGGCUGGCAGCCGUACUGGAACUGGGGGCGCUGGGCCAACGACCCGCUCCGCUCGCCCAUCUUCGACGGCAGCGACACGUCCAUGAGCGGCAACGGCGCCUACGCGGCCCACAACUGCACGCCCGCCCUGCCGACGGGGCUCAACUGCAUCCCGCCCGGCAGCGGCGGCGGCUGCAUCUUCUCGGGCCCGUUCGCCAACAUGUCGGUCAACCUGGGGCCCGUGGCGCCGACGCUGCAGGUGGCUGGCACCGUGCCCGCGCCGUCGCUGCUCGCCUACAACCCGCGCUGCGUGCGGCGCGACAUCACCGACUGGGUCAGCACGCGGUGGACGACCGAGCAGAACACGACCGACCUGAUCGUGCAGAGCGGCGACAUCGGCGCCUUCCAGACCACCAUGCAGGGCGACUUCCCGCGCGGCUUCUACGGCGUCCACGUGGGCGGCCACUUCACCUUCGCCGGCGACCCGGGCGGCGAUCUCUUCACCAGCCCCGGCGACCCGGCCUUCUGGCUGCACCACGGCCAGAUCGACCGCGUCUGGUGGAUCUGGCAGAACCUGGACCCGGCCAGGCGGACCCACGUCAUUGCCGGCACGCUGACCGUCAACAACUCCCCGCCGAGCCGCAACGGCACGCUCGACGACAUCAUCGACCUCGAGGUCAACGCCGCGCCGCUGAAGAUCAGGGACGUCGUCUCGACGGUCGGGAUCGGCGGUGGUCCGCAGUGCUAUGUUUAUGUAUGAGUAAUAUGUAAUGCGGGUUAACUAGAGACCAUCCAGUGUACUUGAUCCGUUCCCUGUUCUGGUCGCGAUUAUAGUUAGUAGAUACAUUAGGAUGAACUCGGGGAGGUUCCGACUAGAUCAGUACACCGUCUCCGUGAACCCCACAGUAUCAACCUCCCCUCCGACGCGC